AACAACAACAACAACAAAAAGCGCUGUUCUUCACGCCUUGAUUUAACCCGAAGCGCAUUAACAUUAUUAGACUCGUGAUUUGCCUGCGCUUUUUAAUAACGCCCUCUGAUUGGCACGCAUGAAGAUGCCUAUAAGUGCAUAUAAAUUUGGUUCCUCCCUCUGUAUUUUCCCCCCCUCCCUCCUUGACUCUCAGAGGGUCGGAACCUCCAAUAUUUUUACGAAAAGGGUCGUGGAGAGACGAGCGCAUAAAAAGUCAGGUUGUGGUGAUGCUGCAGCUCCGGUCAACUGGCACGCUGGCACAGAGGCUGGCACAGAGGACGCAUGAACCCAUGGUGCAUGAGGUAACUUUUACAAAUGUUUCAGAUAGGCACCGCGUGCAUCCUUUUUCCCCUAGCUUGUAAAUUAGUCUGAUCGUUAUUUUAUUUUAUUUUUGAUUUCUAUUUUCCAUAUUGGUUGAUCUGAUUAACUAAAAAAAAAAAAAAAAAAAAUCAAAAGGAAAGAAGAGCAAUAAAUAGUUUAGACAUAGACACUCCGGACCUGAUGAUGGAUGUCUGUUUUUUCAACGGAAAAUCUCUCAGAAUAGAGAACAACCUAACUCAGUGAAGCUGCUUAGUUCAGACAUUCUGCAUUUAAAAAAAAACCCGUCACAAGAUCACUCAAAGCCAUGCCUCGUCCAGGCAAGAACUCCUACAGUGACCAGAAACCUCCUUACUCGUACAUCUCUUUGACCGCAAUGGCCAUACAGAAUUCUUCGGAGAAGAUGCUCCCCCUGAGCGACAUCUACAAAUUCAUUAUGGACCGCUUCCCAUACUACCGAGAGAACACGCAGCGCUGGCAGAACUCGCUCCGUCACAACCUCUCCUUUAACGACUGCUUCAUCAAGAUCCCACGCCGCCCCGACCAGCCUGGCAAGGGCAGUUUCUGGGCACUGCACCCGGACUGUGGUGACAUGUUUGAGAACGGCAGCUUUCUGCGUCGCCGCAAGCGAUUCAAGGUCCUCCGUAUGGAGCAUGCCGCCUGCAAGAGUGCACCCAUCCUUCACCCAUACCACCCUCAUGCCCAGCAUAAUCACACACAUCAUGCGCACCCGCACGCGAACAAGCUCAGUAUGGGGCACCCUGACUACCUGGGCAGCGUCGGGCGAUUGUCUCACUUCCAGAGCUACGCAUUGGGGGGUGGCCAGAGUGGAGGCUUCAAACACCCGUUUGCAAUUGAGAGCCUAAUCGGCAGAGACUACAAGGGGGUGAUGGCGAGUGGGCUGCCCAUUGCCUCUGUCAUGCAUCACCUGGGCUACUCUGUGCCCAGCAUGGUCAACUCUGUGUGGCCGCAUGUAGGUGUGCUCUCCGAAUCAACCCCUAUCUCAUCCGAGUACCCUCCUUUUGGGGUGGCAGUCAAAGGGCUGUACCACCACACAGGAAGCUCUAACAUGCCUGCUGUGCCUGUUCCCAUUAAGCCCACACCGACACUGGGUGCUGUGCCGUCUUUGACAGGCCUGGCACCAGGGACGGUUCAGCUUUGCAGCCGGCUAGACAGAGAAGCCACAGAUCUGAUGGAGGACAAAACCGGAGCUCUUCAUCCGUCUCUGCUGCAGUCGUGAAGAGACAGACACAGUAAGAGUCAGGAUGCGAGGGUACGUACUGCCGCAUGCAUUGGACAAUAUUCCAUACCAGUAACCACAAGAGACUCAUAACGGUCAAAUGGAUUUUUACAUUUUCUUUCUUUCUUUCUUUCUUUCUUUCUUUUUUUAUUGUGAACUUAGAUGCUUUUAGGUACUGUAUUAUGUUUAAUUUUUUCUCUCCUGUAUAAAAUGCAUACAAUUUCAUUUGCGUAUUGCACUUCUCUUGCAAAAAAAACUUAGGUAGGCUGUUUGCAGCUGUAGACUCUUUAUGUGUAGUAACAAUCAUGCUCAUAAAACAGGACAAAACUUUGUCAGGGUUUACUGAGAAUUUUUUAUAUAUAAUUUAUAAAUAGAAGAAGCCUGAUUUUAGGCUGUCCAUUUUGACUCUGUGUUUCCUUCGACCCCCUGUUGAGUGUAAAAAAAAAAAAAAAAGUCUUUUGUAUUCUGUAAAUUUGUGCUACAAAAUUGUAUAAAGUAAAAUCAAUUUAACACAUAUUGAAUAAUAUUUGUACACAUUAUAGCAUGCCUGGCAUGCAUGAUUGCCUUUGUAAAGACUCUCUUCUGGAAUGCACUGUGUUGGGAAGAAAUGCUGUCAUUUAAAAUGAACCCAAAGUCAAAAUGUGAAUUUGCUGAUUAAAACAAAAGAAAGAUGUUCAAAAUAUCCUAUGUACAGAGAUGUUCACUGUUAUGAUGUACUUACAAAACAUGUGUGGAUGAUUUUUAAUGAGGUAGAGGAAAUAUGGGUUUCUUCCUACAAACAGCCUUAAUUCCACAGCUAAACUGAAAUGCCAUUAUAUAUGGGGAAUGGUAUAUUUGUAUAUUUAAUGAAUUAUUGUGGUGAAACUGGAAUAGAUAAGGAACUCAAAUAAGAGGCUUUGAGGAUAUCAUUAUUCUUCUGAAAUAUUUAUAAUUACACCUUUUUUUCUAAAAUAAAUAUAAUUUGAUUUAA